UGCAUCUCUCUGCAGUGGAGAGAAGCGACAAGGUAGGCUGUCAUUCUGCAAAAGCUGCUCAGAACAGGCUUUCCUCGGAAAAGCAGUGCCGUUCCUUUUUAGAAAGACUGAAUCUAAAUGUUGUCUCUGGAGACACGAAGCCUUCAGUAUGUUAAAUUACUUUCAUUAUGUAUUUUCAGAGGCUUAUUGAUUGCACAGUGGGAAGAGUGAGAGACUGCAGCAGCCUCUAACAGCACUACACGUUCCAUACAUUAGCAGUCCUGCUGAAACAAUGGCACAGUUCAGACACAUAUUUUCAUUAAGGUCAUUUUUGAAGAGCUGUUUACGACCCUCUUCCCCCAUCCUCUACUAACAAGUGAACAAAAUGAAUCAAUCAAACGGAAAAUGCUUCAACUACAAGAAUUUAUCAAAUCUGUAACAGAGGCCCAUAGCACCUAAUUCACUAUUUACAACUGACAAUAUGAAGAAUGCAACUGAGAAUCUCCCUGGGUCUCUGAUCCACGAACUGCAAGAUAUCCUUGUAACACAUGAUUUUAAGAAACUAAAGAGUUAAGUCUACACUACAGCUGGAAUAUAACAAAUGAACAGUAUUUUAAGAAGAUGCUACACAAAGUAACUACAAAAAGAAACAGUAUGACUGUAAAAGCUUGAAAACAAAAUGAUAUCCAUCAGCCAACUAAAUCUUGUAAUUCAUGCAGUUGAAGUGCUGGAGAGAAAAUCAAAGAAUUCCUACAAGACACGAAAUAAAACAAAGCCACUUCACUGCUGUCAGGUAAAAAUUCAUGUCAAAACCUGUCAAUGACAUCAUGUAUCAAUUUGUGAAAAACUGCUAUAGUGAGCCAAAAGGCCCAUAAGGCAACAGCAACCAGGGAAAAAAAUCAACUGCUCCAAAAGAAUGUGCUUUUCUCCCAUUCUGGAAAUCAACAUGCAGUCUGAAUCGAACAUUACAGUGAGAGAUGACAUUGAUGACAUCAACACCAAUAUGUACCAACCACUCUCAUAUCCAUUAAGCUUUCAAGUGUCUCUCACUGGAUUUCUUAUGUUAGAAAUUGUGUUGGGACUUGGCAGCAACCUCACCGUAUUGGUACUUUACUGCAUGAAAUCCAACUUAAUCAACUCUGUCAGUAACAUUAUUACAAUGAAUCUUCAUGUACUCGAUGUAAUAAUUUGUGUGGGAUGUAUUCCUCUAACUAUAGUUAUCCUUCUGCUUUCACUGGAGAGCAACACUGCUCUCAUCUGCUGUUUCCAUGAGGCUUGUGUUUCUUUUGCAAGCGUCUCAACAGCAAUCAACGUCUUUGCUAUCACUCUGGACAGAUACGACAUCUCUGUAAAACCUGCAAACCGAAUUCUGACAAUGGGCAGAGCUGUGAUGUUAAUGAUAUCCAUUUGGAUUUUUUCUUUUUUCUCAUUCCUGAUUCCCUUUAUUGAGGUAAAUUUUUUCAGUCUUCGAAGUGGAAAUACAUGGGAAAACAAGACACUUUUGUGUGUCAGUACAAAUGAAUACUACACUGAACUGGGAAUGUAUUAUCACCUUCUAGUACAGAUCCCAAUAUUCUUCUUCACAGUUAUAGUAAUGCUGAUCACAUACACCAAGAUACUUCAGGCUCUUAAUAUUCGAAUAGGCACGAGAUUUUCAACAGGGCAGAAGAAGAAAGCAAGAAAGAAAAAGACAAUUUCUCUAACAACACAUGAGACUACAGACAUGUCACAAAGCAGUGGUGGGAGAAAUGUAGUCUUCGGGGUGAGAACUUCAGUGUCUGUAAUAAUUGCCCUCCGGCGAGCAGUCAAACGACACCGAGAACGACGAGAGAGGCAGAAAAGAGUCUUCAGAAUGUCUUUAUUGAUUAUUUCCACAUUUCUUCUCUGUUGGACACCUAUUUCUGUUCUCAAUACCACCAUUUUAUGUUUAGGCCCAAGUGACCUUUUAGUAAAAUUAAGAUUGUGUUUUCUAGUCAUGGCUUAUGGAACAACUAUAUUUCACCCUCUGUUAUAUGCAUUCACUAGACAAAAAUUUCAAAAAGUUUUGAAAAGUAAAAUGAAAAAACGAGUUGUUUCCAUAGUGGAAGCUGACCCCAUGCCUAAUAAUGCUGUAAUACACAACUCUUGGAUAGAUCCAAAAAGAAGCAAAAAAAUUUCCUAUGAAGACAGUGAAAUACGAGAGAAAUGUUUAGUUCCUCAGGUUGUUACAGACUAAAGAAAAUUGUAAGAUUCACCAAAUCUAUAUUCAGGAAAGUUUUAAAUUUAAAUUGUAAAAAAUGAAAUUACUGCCAAAUAUAAGAAAAAACAUUUUAAGUAUUGGUUAUGUUGUAAAUUUUCAAAUGUGAAUGUCAAUUAGAUUAGGUCAUAUAUAUUCAAUUUCUUCAUUAAUUAAUGUAUUUGUUGCAUGGCAGUUUGUUAAAAUAAUAUGUGUAUAUUUUGUCAAUAAUAUGUCCAUCAGAAGAUAUUCAUGUAAGUCAUAUUUUUUAAAGAAUAAAUACAUAGCCUUAAAACAGUGUAUAACUUAAAAAUGUAACUGAUACAGGUAUCUGCUUUUUAAAAAAAAUAUAGAAAGUGUAUUGUUUCUAAGUCACAAACUACAGAUAUAUUUGUAUGACAACUGGAAUAGCCUUUAACAAAAAACCAAAAUUACAGGCUCAAAAUGAAACAGUCCAUGAGUUUCUGUACCACUGUUAUGUUUCCUAGUAUAGUAUACUGGCUAUAUUAUUUCAUGUUUCAAAAGUAGUGAACUAUGUAUGAAACUUCAUUUUUCCUUUUGAAUGUAGAAAAUCAUAGGAUUUAUUAGUAUUUUAAACUAAUGAACCAAAAACAAACAUCCCUAUAUAUGCACACCAAGAUAGGGAAAUUUUUAAACUGAAGUUUACUAUUAAAAAAACAGACUGAUCUUCCAAGAUCAAAGAUGCCUAUAAUAGUAAAAAAUACAAACAAUAAUAGAGGGAAGGAAGAAAACAAUAACACCUUUCUCUCCCUUCCACACUUUGCUUGAUUCUAAGCCAAAUGUUCUAGGUUAACAAAAUACUGGUAAAAACCAGUGAUUAAAAUAAAGUGAUUUUCUAACUUUAUUCAACUCAGCCUUUUUGUAUAAAUGAAAUUAACUAUACAUAUCUGAAUAGCAGAAAGAGGAAAAAAAGGACUUUUUAUAGUAUUGUAGAAAAGCCUAACAAAGUCAACUGUUUCUAAUUUUAGACACUGAGCAACUUUAGAGUAAUACAACUUACACAAUUCCUAAGCAAUCAUAGCUCAUAAGCUUUUUUUUUAAAAAGUAGUUUGGUUUCCACUCUGAAAAUACUUAAGGCAAUGAUAAAUCUUGUCACAUUUUCUACUACACCACAGCAUAAGCAUUGUUCUCUUCAAGUCAUCUUAUAAAACUAUGAAAUUACUAAUUCUAACUAUAGGUUACAAGGAUUAAAAAACGCAUAGCAAAUAAUUAUUUUUCAAUUGGUAUAAUGUAAUAAUUUGGCAAUAAAUGCUAAUAUCACUAUUAUAAAAGUAGCAAUAUGUUAUUUAAAAUAAGCCAAGUACUUAUUAUGUGUAACUUAUUAGCUGGACAGCAAUUAUUAUUUUUUAAUACUGUAGUCUCUGAAUCAAGUAACAGCUCAUUUUUAAAUUAAAAAAUACAUGUCAGUCAAUAAUACAUUAUUUUAUACAAAUAAAUGGAUUCAACAAGUCUAAUUUACUAAAUAAUCCCUGAGGGAAUGACCAUCAUACAAUAGCUUGAAUUCACUGAGCUCACUGGCAAAUGAAAUAGUGAUUUACUUCAGAUAAUAAUGUUAACAUGUUAAAUCUUGGCAAAUUCCCAGUUUCCUUUUGUUUUUCUUUCCACAGUUUUAUGGAAUUAAAGAAAUCCUUCAAUUUUACAAAAUGUAGCAUAAGCAAGUAAGACUGAUUUUUUUUAAUUCUGAAAAGAUACUAACAUCAUGGACAAAAGUGUUAAGAAAAUUUUCAAUCAAUAAAUAUAUCUGGAACAGAA